AUGCGCCCCUGCCGCUUCAGAAUCGCAAAAUCCGGCCCCAUGGAUGGGGGGAUGGCCCUCUGGCUGGGAGCGCUCAUCCUCGCGUGCGCUCUGGCCGCCGAGGGGGGCGGAAAGCGAUCGAGCCCGAGCGGAGCAGGCUUGAGGAUCUCUAGAUCGUGUGACGAGCUCCUGGAGGCUAUGACGACAACAGGCGGCCCUGCGGACGUCACCGUGCUCGUGGAGGGUACCGUGGACUGCUCUGGGCCGCCGCCCCCUGCGGUCAACGCGGUGGUCAAUAACAAAACUUUGACCAUAAAACCCGCUGCCGCCGGCGCGCCGGCCAUGAUCGACUUCGGGGGCAUGGAGGGGGCGAUCCAAUUGGCCGGCGGGGCCCGGAUUGUGCUGCGGAACCUGGUGUUGGUCCAGGACGCCAUGGGGCCCGACCCGAUCGAGCUGAGGGCCUUUUCGGCCUCGGGCGCGAACGGCGGGAGCGGGGGCAGGAUUCACGUGGAUGGGUGCAGCAUUCUUGCACGGGCAUGCCAAGCACCGCCCGAGGCCGAUGAGCAAAAAGUGGCGGCCUGGAACGAUGCCCCUGCGGCCGCGCCGCCCCACCGCCUGCCCCGCGGCGCCCUGGCGGGAUCAGCGGAUCGGCUCUCCCUUGGGGGACCGAAAAUUGGCGCGGAAACUGUCGACCAAUUUGGCGGGAAGCCUCUGCACCUGAUUGUCUGCGACACGGCGGUGGCCUGCGACGUGGGCGACUCCCCGUCCCCCUCCCUUGCCCCCGCUCGGCACUCCGAUUCCCGGUACGUCCGACACUCCGAUUGCCAGAGCCCGGCCAAGCCGGAAAUAAAAACUGCCAGGGUGCCCAUUGCGCCAUCUGCCGUGCUCGUCUCCGCGGUGAGCGCUAUGCUCUUCUUGGGCGCUGGGAUUAGGUCCAGGGGCAGGUGGAUGAGGCGCUGGGCAAAAUCGUUUGGGGGCUUUGGGUGCGUGAGCUGCCGGCGGUGCAAGUAUGAUGGCGCUGAUGGCGGCAUGGGAGGCCUGGACAGAAACUUGGAGCCGCUGUGCAUGGAGGUGCCCUAUGUGAACGACCCUACCAUGAGCGUGGGCAGCCUGGAGGGAAUGGAACUCAGCGAGCUGCAGUUGGGUUCCCCACUGGGCAGGGGAGGAUUUGGACGUGUGUACAAAGCCUUCCACGGCGAUAGCGUGCUGGCCGUGAAGCUAAUUGAUCACGAUAGCCGAACGCUGGCUGACGGGCGCGGCGAGCCGCUCGAGGCGCUGCUGAGCAUCCAGGUGGACCACCCCAACGUGGUGAAGACCUACUUGAAGCAGACCAGGGGUAAGCACAGCGUGCAUGGGUCGAGCGCAUCCACAGCGCCAAGCUGGGCUCCGCUGCGGACGAGCGAGGCGGCUAGGGAGGGGCCGGGCACCCCCGGUGGGUCAGAGGUGGACGGCGAGUUGGAUGACUUGGAUGAUUUCAGCUACAUGGAGAGGAACUUGAGAACCAGCGGUCAGUUUGGGGAGGAUGGGGACAGGUACAGGACGUGGAUUGUCAUGGAGUACUGCGAUAGGGGUUCACUGGACAGGGCAAUAAAGGAUGGGAUCUUUUUUCAUGAUGGGGACACGCGGCGGGAGCCGCGCUUCGUGUCGAUGCUGCUGACCGCGCUGGACAUCGCCAGUGCGCUGGCGUACCUGCACUCACAGAAGGUGGUGCACGGGGACCUCAAGGCGCAUAAUGUGCUGCUGAAGAGCACCAGCGCGGACGAGCGGGGGUUCUUCUGCAAGGUCGGCGACUUUGGGCUGAGCCGGGUGAUACUGAACAACGGCACGCACAUCGAGACGUUCACAUGCGGCACCGUGCGGUACAUGCCGCCCGAGCUGCUCAGGGACGGCCUCAUGACGCCAGCCGUGGAUGUGUACUCGUUUGGCAUGCUCCUCUGGGAGAUGGUGUCCGGAUCCCGGGCCUUCUCCGGCAAGCACCGCAACGACAUCAUGGUUACUGUCGUGGAUGGCCGGCGGCCAUCCAUACCCUCCCACUGCCCCACGAAGUUCGCUUCCCUCAUCCGCGCGUGCUGGCAGCAGGACAACACCCGGCGCCCCACCUUCAAGAAGAUCGUGGGCCAGCUGCAGCGGCUUGCGAGCACCUACAGCUCGCCACUGACGCACAACCUGAUCGGGAUGGCCAUCAGGGAAGAGCAGCAGUCUGUGGAGACAUGGCAGGGAGAGACUAGGGAAGGGAGGUCAUCAAUGGAUGGCGGCAAGGCAAGGGUGGUUAAAGCCCACGAGGUGCAGUCUCAGGACCCAGCUUCGCCAGACCGGCCCCUUGUCGCCUCGCCCCCGGCUAGCUCCGGCAGCAUCUGCUCGCCCCCCAAGAACAACCCCCUCUGGACAGGCCUGCCCCGCAAGACCGAGGUCCUGGGCAACCCCCUAUGGGGCGCCCGCUCGAGCCCCUGCUCUAACCCGCCCCAGGACCCCUCGCACUUCUCCUUCUGGCACAUGGGCUCGACGCCUAGCCAGGGCAAGCACCCAGACCCUGGCUCCCCUGGUGACUCCCGGGAGGAGGCAGGCGCACACGUGAUACCCAUGAAGCGCCUGCCGCUCAAGCUGCCGCAGCGCAUCAGCGCAGACUGCCCUGAGCCGCUGCUGACUUCCAGAUCAGACUCUGCAUCAGAGCUCACGAGCUCAUCUUUUCGCCGGGAUGACCCCACUGAGGACGCCACCGGUGGGCUGAUCGACCUGUGCCCUUCGAGCAGCGCAUCGAGCGUGACGGUGCCUGUGGCAUCCAGCUAUGGGCCCGGGGCGGCCAUGCCAUGGCGCAGCGUGACGCCCAACUACCAGCACAACGUGCGCCUGGGCAACUUCCGUCCCCGCGGCAACCUCGACAACAUGGGCCUGAUCAAGCCGCGGGCCACCGCUGAAGCAAAGCCCGCGGUGGAUGCGGCAAAGGUGGCAGCAGUGGCCAAUCCAGAGCUCAGCCUGUGGCUGACCACCAGCCAAGGAUCAGGUCUUGGAUCUUUCACAGCAUUGGAUCCUAAGGCCCAGGCUCCCCUCAGUCCACUGUCGCCGCAGCACCCGCCCAUGCCAUCCUCCCCUGUGCCGCCGGCCACACCGCCGCCGCUGCCCAACGGGGCGAGGAGGUCCGGGGGGGCGUGUGCUGGCCCUGCCACGCACAUCCCGCUGCUGGCGAUCUCCAAGAUCACGGGUGGGGCGAGUGAGGCAGUGAUCAAGUCGCCUGGGUACGGGCCGCAGGGCUGGGAGAUGCAAUACACCAAUGGAGCAGAGGCUGUGAAGGCGGACAGGCACCCCCGGAGGCCAAGCUGGUGCACCAGCCUGUUUGACACUUCAGGCUCCUGCUCCUUUCGGUCGGCCAUCUCCGCAACAACCGAGGCCGGGAACGCAUCCCCCGGAUCGCUUCCCUGGACGCCGGCAGCUUCUGGAACAGCCACGCCAGGCACCGCCAAGGCAUCUGCAGUCGGAAUGGAUCGCUUCAACUACCGGCUGUUCACGACGGAUCCUGGGCUCGGCUCAGCGAGGCGGGAUGAACUUGAGCCCGGCUUCGAGCCGCUGAUCACACAGAGCGACUUUGGCGAGAUCGUGCCAGUGGCAGUUGUGGAGGGCCCCGCGGCGAAGGCCCCGGGGCCUGACGCCGGGGGCUCCAGGAUCCCCAACGUGGGGAACAUGGGCGUGGCCAGUGGCACGCAGUCCAUGCUUGCAAGCGGCGCAAACUCAGCGAUGGCGAGCGGGAUGACCUCCGGGCUGGCGAGUGGGGGCGCAACAGGGAUGUCGGCGAUGUGGGAGACGUCGGAUGCCGCUGGGGAGCUGACGACCACGCAGACGAGCAUGCUAUCAGAGCUGGGGCCCUUCAACGAGGUGUUGCAGCAAUGGGACACGAUCUGA